AUGGGAAUCAUUCAGCGUCUACCCGAGGACGUCGUUAAUCGGAUAGCUGCCGGCGAGGUUGUAGUGCGACCUGCUAAUGCAGUAAAAGAGUUGAUAGAGAACAGUUUGGACGCUGGUGCAACGGAGAUCGUGGUCACAGUCAAAGAUGGUGGACUGGCGCUGUUGCAAGUUCAGGACAAUGGUAAAGGCAUUCAGAAGGACGACCUUGACAUCGUCUGUGAACGUUUCACCACUUCGAAGCUAUCCAAGUUUGAAGAUUUACAAUCAAUGAAGACGUACGGUUUCCGUGGUGAAGCCCUGUCAUCGAUAAGUCAUGUGGCAAAGGCUGUCCUUGAAGCACACGUCGAAAUUCCUCAAAUGGAAAUUCAUGCGUGA